GAGAGAGAGAGAGAGAGAGACGGCCAGCAGCUCCCCUCUGUGCACUCAGUCGGAGACAGUUACAGCGGAUUGUGCAGACAGAGCUAUCAGUCCAGUCCUGAGAGCUCAUUUUAUUUACGGUAAAAAUGUCGGCCAGACCAGGCUACUAUCGGCAGGAGCUGAACAAGACUGUAUGGGAGGUUCCCGAGCGGUACCAGAACCUGACUCCCGUGGGCUCGGGGGCCUACGGUUCGGUAUGCUCAGCAUAUGAUGUACGGCUACGACAGAAGGUUGCGGUGAAGAAGCUGUCUCGGCCUUUCCAGUCCCUUAUCCACAGCAGGCGCUCGUACCGGGAGCUCCGGCUGCUCAAGCACAUGAAACAUGAGAAUGUAAUAGGACUACUGGAUGUAUUCUCCCCUGCUGCAACGCUAGAGGACUUCCAUGAAGUCUACCUGGUAACUAACCUGAUGGGGGCAGACCUGAACAACAUAGUCAAAUUCCAACGUCUCUCUGAUGAGCAUGUGCAGUUCCUUAUUUACCAGCUGCUCAGAGGCCUCAAGUACAUCCAUUCAGCAGGACUGAUCCACAGAGACCUGAAACCAAGUAACGUGGCAGUGAACGAGGACUGUGAGCUGAGGAUCCUUGACUUUGGAUUGGCCAGACAGACGGAUGAUGAGAUGACGGGGUACGUGGCGACUCGCUGGUACCGAGCGCCAGAGAUCAUGCUUAACUGGAUGCACUACAAUCAGACAGUGGAUAUCUGGUCAGUGGGAUGCAUCAUGGGAGAGCUGCUGAAGGGGAAGGUCCUGUUUCCCGGCAACGACUAUAUCGACCAGCUGAAGAGGAUUAUGGAGGUGGUGGGCACGCCGACCCCUGACCUUCUACAGAAGAUCUCCUCUGAACAUGCUCAGAAAUAUAUCCAAUCUCUACCCUUCAUGCCCCAGCAGGACUUAGAGAAGAUAUUCAGAGGAGCCAACCCAAUGGCUGUGGAUCUACUGAAGCGCAUGCUGGUUCUGGACUGUGACGGGCGUAUCUCUGCCAGUGAGGCUCUCUCCCACCCUUAUUUCUCCCAGUACCACGACCCGGACGACGAACCAGAGGCCCUGCCCUACGACCAGACGCUGGAGAGCAAGGACCGCACGCUAGAGGAGUGGAAAGAGUUGGUGUUCGAGGAGAUGAAUGGAAUCAAAGCGCCUGUCAGCGAGACGAGCAGUCUACAGGUGGAACAGUGAAA